GGCAGACCUGUCCACUGUUGGCCACAGUGGGCACAUCCUGGGCUCGGAGCGGGGCCCUGGGGGCUCUGACCAGACACCCCUCACCAUCACCACAUCUUUGGAUGUUCUCCUGGCCAGCCAUGCUGUUGGGUGGCCUCCUCCUCACUGUGGCCACCAUGACUGCGGCCUAUCGGAGGGGGCAGGAGAUGGGAGGCCGCCGCCUGACACACCGAGUCCAGAAUGGCCAGUGCAGCUACACCUUCAUUCUGCCUGAGCCUGAGUCCUGCCCUCGAGGGCCUGAGGCCUUCAGGGGCUCCAACAGCCUCCAGAGGGACUCGUCAGCCACCGUACUGAACCUAGGCGCCUGGCCUGCCCAGCAGAUGAGACACCUGGAGAAGGUGCUGGAGAACAACACGCAGCGGCUGCAGAAGCUAGAAAGGUACAUCCAGAUGAACUUGAGGUCGGAGCUGGCGCAGGCGCGGCAGCACGUGGUCCAGAACCAGAUGGCCACCAUGCUGGAGCUGGGCACCAGCCUCUUGAACCAGACCACCGCCCACACCCGCAAGCUGACUGACGUGGAGGCUCAGGUACUGAACCAGACAUCAAGAAUGGAGAUCCAGAUGCAGGAGACCUCACUGUCCACCAACAAGCUGGAGAAGCAGCUGCUGCUACAGCGCCAUGAGCUCCACCGGCUGCAGGGCUACAACAGCGCACUGGAGACCCGGGUGCAAGCCCUGGAGACACAGCAGCAGGAGGAGCUGGCCAGCCUCCGCCAGGAGAAGGAGCAGCUGCAGAGCCUGCUGAGCGGCCAGUACAGCGCCCUCGCCAACCUCGAGCGCAGCCUGCGGGUGGCCAGGAGCAACUCCAGCCUCCUGCAGAGCCAGCAGCGCCAGCUGCUGGAGUCGGUGCAGCGCCUGGUGCACGCGGUGGCCCAGGGCCCGGCCUCCAUGAGGGCAGCUAAGCAGGUGUUCCGGGACUGUGCAGAGAUCCAGCGCUCCGGGGCCAAUGCCAGUGGCGUCUACACCAUCCAUGUGGCCAAUAUGACAGAGCCCAGGAAGGUUUUCUGUGACCUGGAUGCCAUCGGAGGUGGAUGGACCCUCAUCCAGCGCCGUUUCAAUGGCAGCGUGAAUUUUCAGCGGAACUGGAAAGAUUAUAAACAGGGCUUCGGUAACCCGGCUGGGGAGCACUGGCUGGGCAACGAGGUGGUGCACCAGCUCACCAGCAAGAGAGCCUACUCUCUGCGUGUGGAGCUGCAAGACUGGGAAGGCAAAGAGGCCCAUGCCCAGUAUGAGCUUUUCCAGCUGGGCAGCGAGGGGCAGUUGUACAGGCUUGCUCUGAGAGGGUACAGCGGCUCGGCGGGGCGUCAGAGUGGCCUGAUCCUGCAGGGCACCAACUUCAGCACCCGCGACGCAGACAAUGACAACUGCCACUGCAAGUGCGCCCAGAUGCUGUCUGGAGGGUGGUGGUUUGAUGCCUGCGGCCUCUCAAACCUCAACGGCAUCUACUACCAAGCUGGCCAGCAUCUGCGCAAGGUCAACGGCAUCCGCUGGCACUACUUCCAGGGACCCGCCUACUCUCUGCGUGCCACUCGCAUGAUGAUGCGUCCCCUUGGCAUCUAACAGCAGCCACGCAUGGAGGCUGGACCUACAGAGGAGACAGGACUUAGUAUUCCCUGGACAAGCUGGACCCAAACACAGGACACAGCGCCAGGGCCUGGGCCUGGACACCUGGAUCUCCUGAGCCAGCCCUCCUUGCCCCAGGAGUUCCCAAGAGUCAGCUGCCUCCCUGGCACCCUCAAGUUGUGACAUGGUGGGCAUUUGGGGCUUCCUGUCUCUGCAGAACCCCUCUUUCCUCUUCCCUCCAGUCUUUGGCAGGGGCCCCUGCCAGCUUGAGGGUCAAAAUACCCUGAAUGAGCUGAGAGCAGACAACUUGGCUCCUCAAAAGAAUACUUGUCUAGUGGUAGCAUUUCAGGCAGGUGGGGAGGUAUUUGCAGGCAGGAAACUGCUCAGAUGGAGACCCAUAUUCUGUCCCCAGGGUUGGUGGGAAGGCCAUCGCCUGUUCCAAGCUUUCUCAGCCUUGAGAUGUCCUUGAACUCUCUGUUCAAGUCUUAAGGGGCUGCAUCUAUCCCAUAAUAGGAAUCAUUAUUUCCAUCCCACACUGUCCACCACUCCUAGGCCCCAGCAUCUGGAGCUCAGCCUUGGUCUCUCAGGGGCUCCAGGAGAUCUAAGAGAGAUUUUCUUUACCCCCAGCCUGUCCCAGAAUGUCCACAGAGAAUAACUCAGACUCCGAUCUCAAAGUACCAAUGGUCAGGUGAGAAAAAGAAGCACCAGGUUAAAUCAAUGUCAACAGGCAUUCUUAGCUGCAGGACUUGCCAGAGCCUUUAAUGUGAUCAUGUACUUUGUGACUGCCCAUGAAGGGGCUACAGUGGGCAGCUUUCUCCAAAUUUACUUAUUUGAAAAUGGGCCCUGUAGAUUCCAGAGCAUCUCUCUGGGCUGUGGAUGCCCUUGGAGAAAGCUUGUCCUCGGUGUCAUGAGGACCCCAGGGCACUAUCCCGCAACCCCAGCAACUCAUCCAUUCUGGCUACAAAAGCCACAGUGAAGGUCUCAAACAGUCUCCAACCACAACUGGAAAGGAACUUUGGGUUAAAAGAGACACACACCAUCCCUGAAGAAGGGUCUAGAACUAAGUUUCCCGUCUGCUCUGAGCAAGUGUUCUCCAAGGUUCCUUCUGGCCCCAGGAAGCCAGCUCUCUGCCUAGGGCUUCCCUCAGCACUCCCUGUAAGCCCAUCUAACCCUGGCUCAAGUACAGGCACUGCCAGGAACUGUCCACACUGCCUUGGGCAGGACAUCAGUCUCCAGGUCCAGAUCCUCCCAGGUCUAAGCCAGAACCCCUAGCCCUCUCCUCCUGCCCCAUCCAACAUGAUGUUACAGCUGAGGUCCUGGGAGACCAGGGGCUCCUCAUGAGCUUCUUUCAGAAAACAAGGUCAGAGAGGGACCACAGCCACUCUGCCACCACCCCAAUCACAUGUCACCUUCUUCAGUCCCAAUGAGGCCUACUGUGUACACUGUGGUACCAUGGGCAGGACUUGGAGUCGGACAGACCUGCUCCAGUUCUUUGGACUUGAGGCCCAUGGCUCAGCCUCUCAAGACCUCAGUUGUCUUGUCUGUGAAAUGGAGGUGAUGACACUCACUCCUCUCUGGGCUGUGGCAAGGAGAUGAGACCAUGUAUAUCAACCUCUGAACAAAGCCUGGCAUGAAGCAGGUGCCUAAUAAAUAUUAUUUCCCAAAAGGUGAA